UCUUGUCCAGGGCGACUGAUAAUAAGAAGCCGAAAACCCUACCCCAAGCUCGCGUGAGCUCUCUCCAAUGGCGACAACUUGCUGCCACUCUCCCUUCAAGCCAACCACCUCCAUCCCUCGCUCCGCCUCCUCCUCCUCCUCCCCUAAGUUACUCCGACGCCCCUUCCUUGUCAAAUGCUCCGUUAAGCCAUCCGAGCCCGAUCCCGUCUUCGCCUCUGUCCGCUCCUUUGCCCCCGCCACCGUCGCCAACCUCGGCCCUGGUUUUGACUUCCUUGGCUGCGCCGUUGACGGCAUCGGAGACCACGUCACCGUCCGCGUCGACCCCCAGGUCCACCCCGGGGAGAUUUCCAUUGCAGACAUCACCGGCCCCAACCCCACCAAGCUCAGCCGGAACCCCCUCUGGAACUGCGCCGGAAUCGCCGCGAUCGAGGUCAUGAAGAUGCUCGGGAUCCGCAAGGUCGGCCUGUCGCUGACCCUGGAGAAGGGGCUGCCCCUCGGCAGCGGUCUCGGGUCAAGCGCCGCCAGCGCGGCCGCCGCUGCGGUGGCGAUCAACGAGAUCUUUGGCGGGAGAUUGACCGAGGAGGAGCUGGUCCUCGCGGGGCUCAAGUCGGAGGAGAAGGUCUCAGGGUACCACGCGGACAAUGUGGCCCCCGCGAUCAUGGGAGGCUUCAUUCUCAUCCGGAGCUACGAGCCGCUGGAGCUCCUCAGGCUCAAAUUCCCGGCGGAGACGGAGCUGUUCUUCGUGCUCGUCAGCCCCGAGUUCGAGGCCCCGACCAAGAAGAUGCGGGAGGCGCUGCCUGGUGAGAUCGGGAUGCCCCACCACAUCUGGAACUGCAGCCAAGCCGGUGCUCUUGUGGCCGCUGUCCUAAGCGGGGACCUAGCAGGGCUUGGGAAGGCUCUGUCCUCCGAUAAGAUCGUGGAGCCGAGGCGUGCCCCGCUGAUCCCUGGCAUGGAGGCAGUAAAGAGGGCGGCCAUUGAGGCUGGUGCCUUCGGCUGCACCAUCAGCGGGGCAGGCCCCACCGCAGUGGCAGUGACCGACAGCGAGUCACACGGUGAGGCCAUUGGGAAGAGGAUGGUGGAAGCCUUCAGGGAAGAAGGAAAGUUGGCGGCGAGUGCCGUAGUGAGGCAGCUCGACCGGGUUGGGGCUAGGCUUGUGAGCAGCAUUGCUCGGUGAAAAUCGAUUCUUUUCAGUAGGAGUGUUUCAGAUUAUCGAUUGCUCAUAAAGAUCGAAAGGUCGGAUUUAUUCUGCAAGAGUUGUCGAUUGAGCUAAUUGCAGUGGGGAUGUUGGGAAAUUCUAUCAACUUUUCAUGAAGAAAUCAGAAGAGUUGUAUGAUAAUAUUUUCCCUUGUAGAACGUUGAAGCCUCGACUCAAUUUUGGAGUUUGCAGCCUUUCUGAUUGCAUCAGUUUCCAGUUGAUAUCAAUGAUGUGAACCGAUCAAAAUUGUAUUUAUAUCGAUUUUGAGAUAAUAGCAUUCAUAUCAACUAGUCUUUUACUCGUGC